GAGCUUCUUUGCUCUAUGACCAAAGUUAGAGCUGAAAGUCAAAGCAUUUUUCUAAAGAAAAAAAAUAUGGAGUAUUCGUUUUUUCCCAGGAUAAACAAAAGAAACCCGAGAUUGCAUUUCUUUCGAAUUUCCGGUAAUUGAUCAACCCGUUCUCUCUUCUCCCCAUCACCUUUUCGUCUCAUUUCCUUUUCACUUCACACUGAUAUACGCAGGUGAUGUGAAGUGGAUGAAGGGUAUCUCACUAUUUCAUUCUCUGCCACUUGUGUGUGCUAAGGUUCGGAUUGAAGGAAGCGAGCUGGAGUGAUAAUCUUGGGUCUUCACUGUUUCUCAGGCAUCGGUAGAAGUAGCUUUGAAAUCUGAAACAUGAUGCAUAAUGAUGGGAAUCCUUCACCCCAACCAGAAAAGGGUUCCAACAUAGUCACCAUGGCACUCAUAUCUGUUGUGCUAUGCAGUCUUUCAUUCUUUCUUGGUGGAAGCUUCUGUUCUCAAAAUCAGAUUUUUCUUCUCACUAAGGAUUUUUCCAAUGCCCUCACAUCUCCCAGGGAAACUGUUCUUAGCUCACUGCAAUUGAAUUCCACUUCCUUUGCAGAGUGCAGUCCUGACUUGCAGGACUACACUCCAUGCACAGAUCCCAAGAGGUGGAGGAGGUAUCGUUCUCAUCGACUAUCUUAUUUGGAACGCCACUGCCCUCCAAAACAUGAAAAGAAAGAAUGCUUAGUUCCACCGCCAGAAGGCUAUAAAUUGUCAAUCAAAUGGCCAAACAGUAGAAAUGAAUGUUGGUACAGGAAUGUUCCAUUUGAUUGGAUUCUUAAGAAAAAAUCUAAUCAGCAUUGGUUGAGGAAAGAAGGAGAGAAAUUUAUUUUCCCUGGAGGAGGUACCAUGUUCCCAUAUGGUGUCAGCCAUUAUGUUGAUUUGAUGCAAAACUUGAUUCCUGCAAUGAAAGAUGGGACAAUUAGGACUGCCAUUGAUACUGGGUGUGGUGUUGCAAGCUGGGGAGGGGAUUUGCUGGAUCGUGGGAUUUUAACAGUUUCACUUGCACCUAGAGACAAUCACCAGGCUCAAGUUCAGUUUGCGUUAGAACGUGGAAUACCUGCAAUUUUAGGGAUUAUCUCAACACAACGCCUUCCUUUCCCUUCAAGCUCUUUUGAUAUGGCUCAUUGCUCAAGAUGCCUGAUUCCUUGGACUGAAUUUGGUGGAAUUUACCUUCUUGAGAUACAACGAAUAUUUCGCCCUGGAGGGUUCUGGAUCCUCUCUGGUCCUCCAGUUAACUAUGAGCACCGCUGGAGAGGAUGGAACACCACAAUCAAGGAGCAAAAAUCCAACUAUGAGAAACUGGAAGAAUUAUUACUUUCAGUAUGUUUCAAACCAUACAACCAAAAAGACGACAUUGCCGUGUGGCAGAAAUCAUCAGACGGCAGUUGCUAUAACGAUCUUGUUAGUAGUAAUAAUAAUAACAACUUAAAUAAUAACAAUAAUAAUAGUAAUAUCCACCAACCUGAUUGUGAUGAUGGAACCGAACCAGAUUCAGCAUGGUAUACUCCUCUCCGCCCAUGUAUUGUACAAAACGAACAAACUGAUAAAAAAGUAGCAUUAGAAUCCCUUCCCAAAUGGCCACAAAGGUUGCAUACCCCUCCAGAGCGUGUUACUAAUGUCCGUGGAGGAAGUGGUGGAGCAUUUAAGCUUGAUGAUAGUAAAUGGAAGGCAAGGGUGAAGCACUACAAGUUGUUGCUUCCUGCACUUGGAAGUGAUGAGAUACGGAAUGUGAUGGACAUGAACACAAUGUAUGGAGGUUUUGCUGCGGCUCUCAUUGAUGAUCCUGUUUGGGUCAUGAAUGUUGUUUCUUCUUAUGACAAAAAUACACUUCCCGUGGUGUUUGACCGCGGUCUCAUCGGUACAUACCAUGACUGGUGCGAGGCUUUCUCUACAUAUCCUAGAACCUAUGAUCUCCUUCACUUAGAUGGCCUAUUCACUGCUGAAAGUCACAGAUGUGAGAUGAAGUAUGUCAUGUUAGAAAUGGAUCGUGUUUUGAGACCAAACGGGUACGCAUUAAUCCGUGAGUCCAACUAUUACAUAGAUUAUCUCAUGACCAUGGCCGAAGGAAUGAGAUGGAGCUGCCGCAAAGCAGACACAGAAUCCACUGUAGAUAAGGAAAAGGUAAUGCUUUGCCAGAAGAAAUUGUGGUAUUCUUCUGGGCAGAUAUAACAGGGAGAUAACAAAGAGAAUAAUCGCAAUACCCUUGAAAUAUAUAGAGCAACCUAUAGAUAAGGACAGUACUACGUGAUAUGCUGUAUAUCUGUCUAUUAUAGUCAAGUAUGUUUUUUUUUUGGUGUUAACGUCAUACUCGUUCUCUAUACACUCGCAUGUUUGUAUAUUAUAUAUGUAGGGUUUAUGUGAAAUGAGAAUUCCAAC